AUUAACUCACGAUCAGUCGAACAAAUUUUUUCAAAUUUUUGCUUUCAUUCUAUCUCAUCCAAAACGUUUCAAAAUGGGUUUCACUCAACUUGAUAAAGAUUCAGGCCUUAAAACUCUUAAUAACUUUUUGCAAGAUAAAUCUUAUAUUGAAAGUUACGAACCAUCCCAAGCUGAUGUAGCCGUGUUCGAAGCUUUGAACCGUCCAGAUUCUACUAAAUAUCCCCAUGCAGCUCGAUGGUAUAAUCAUAUCGCUUCUUAUUCUGAAUCAUUUUCUUCACUUCCUGGCACAAAAAAAGACGCAUCAUCAUAUGGACCUGAUGUUGUUGAAACUCCAACAGAAGAGAAGAAAGAUGAUGAUGAUGAUGUAGAUUUGUUUGGUUCUGAUGAUGAGGAGGAAGAUGAAGAAGCUGAACGUCAAAAAGCAGAGAGACUUGCUGAAUAUCGACGUAAAAAGGAAGCUAAACCAAAAGUUAUUGCUAAAAGUAUGGUUAUCCUGGAUGUUAAACCUUGGGAUGAUACUACUGAUUUAGCUGAAAUGGAAAAAUUUGUAAGGAGCAUUGAAUUAGAUGGUCUUGUGUGGGGUGCUUCUAAACUUGUUCCUGUUGGCUAUGGUAUCAAUAAGUUGCAGAUUUCAUGUGUCGUAGAAGAUGAUAAAGUUGGUGUUGAUGAUUUGGAAGAAAGAAUUACAGGAUUCGAAGAACAUGUUCAAAGUGUUGAUGUAGCUGCUUUCAAUAAAUUGUAAAAAUCCAUCGAAAAUUAUAGAUCGUUCCUCUAUUAAUACGAAAACAAUGAAAUAUAACAAAUUUUACAUGUAUAUUUGUUGCUAUUAUAAAAUGUUAUCAUCUAAUAAUUAAUAACAACAUAGCAAGUUAAUUGCAACUGAAAUUUAUUGUUUUAAAUAGUUAAGCUUUAUUAAAUGAUGCCAAUUACGCGUUUCAAUGUGAAGACGCGUUGAUUUAUACACAAUGUGCAAGAAAUAUAUUAGCUGAUAAUCUUCAAAUUAAUUAUAGAGUUGUCUUAAUCUUCCAGCCAAUAUCAAACGAUAACCAUGAUUUCAAGAUCUUAUUUAUACUUCGCGAAUCAUACUUUAUUUAAUCCUAAAGAUAAAUAAAUAUUGGAAAUUAAAUUUUAGAAUAAAAUCUGGCAAUGAAAUACUG